AUGGCUGAUGAGCCCGUCACACUAUCUGGGUUCAAGUAUACAAUCGACAAAACUUGGGAUGGUUUGCCAAUCGAUCACGAUCCAAUCAGCGUCGAAAUGAAGUGGUAUUUUACCAGACUACCUGGUAAACCACACAAAAGGGUGAUCAAAGUAAACUUUCAGGCUCCUUUAUUCGACGAUCCUGAGGCUCCUGCAGAUCCUCCGGGGAUCCUGCAUAAUCUUUGGGAGUAUGAAGUUGUUGAAUUUUUCUUCGCUAACAAAAAAGAUCAGUAUAUUGAAAUAGAAGUUGGACCUCAUGGGCAUUGGCUUGUAAUGUUGUUUGAUGGAGUUCGGAAGCCGUUUAACACAGGAGAAGAGCUUGAACUGGAAAUUACUAACAAAUUUGUUGGGAAUGUAUGGCACUGUGAAUUCGAGGUCCCUCUUGCAUAUUUUCCUGGAAUGGUUUUUUCUUCUGUCGUACCUUUACCUAGUUUUGUGCAUGCUUUUCCAGAUAUAACCAAAUUCAACUCAUUUGCGAUUCAUGGUACAGGAGAUGAACGGGUGUACGAAGCGCUGAAUCCAGUGACCGACGGGAAUUACGAG